AUGAAUAUCAUCAUCAAACAAAAAAACAAGUUAUUAAACUUACAAACAACAAAACUCAAAUUACUCCCCACAUUUUUCAAUACUCCAACAAUAACAACAAGAAUGGUUCACAACAAAGUUACUAUCAUUGGUUCAGGUCCAGCUGCCCAUACCGCUGCUAUCUACUUAGCUAGAGCUGAAAUAAAGCCUAUUUUAUACGAAGGUAUGAUGGCUAACGGUAUCGCUGCCGGUGGUCAACUAACCACUACUACUGAAAUUGAAAAUUUCCCAGGUUUCCCAGAAGGUUUAACAGGUUCAGAAUUAAUGGACAGAAUGAGAGAACAAUCUGUGAAAUUCGGUACAACCAUCAUUACUGAAACGGUCGCUAAAGUUGAUUUAUCUUCUAGACCUUUCAAACUUUGGACUGAAUUCAACGAAGAUCAAGAACCAAUUACCACAGAUGCUAUUAUCUUAGCCACUGGUGCUUCUGCAAAGAGAUUACAUUUACCAGGUGAGGAAACUUACUGGCAGCAAGGUAUAUCAGCAUGUGCUGUUUGUGAUGGUGCUGUUCCAAUCUUUAGAAAUAAACCAUUAGCUGUCAUUGGUGGUGGUGAUUCUGCUUGUGAAGAAGCUCAAUUUUUAACUAAAUAUGGUUCUAAAGUUUAUUUGAUUGUUAGAAAAGAUCAUUUACGUGCAUCCACUAUUAUGCAAAAGCGUGCCAUGACAAACCCAAAGAUUGAAGUCCUAUUCAACACAGUUACUUUGGAAGCUAAAGGUGAUGGUAAAUUCUUGAAUAGUUUGAGAAUUAAGAAUGUUCAAACUAACCAAGAAUCUGAUUUGGAAGCUAAUGGUUUAUUCUACGCUAUUGGUCAUAACCCAGCUACUUCUAUCGUUGCUGGUCAAGUUGAUACCGACGCCGCUGGUUACAUUAAGACUGUUCCAGGUUCUUCUUUGACUUCUGUACCAGGCUUCUUCGCUGCCGGUGAUGUUCAAGAUUCAAGAUAUAGACAAGCUAUUACCUCUGCCGGUUCUGGUUGUAUGGCAGGUUUAGAUGCUGAAAAAUACUUAACUGAACUAGAAUAA